AUGGCCCCUAUUCGUGUCGGUUUUAUCGGUCUUUCACCAGGUCAGUGGGCAGCCAAGGCGCACCUGCCAUACCUGCAAAGUCCCGAGUCGAAAUUCGAAAUUGUUGCUGUUUGCAACUCAUCAGCGGAGAGUGCUGUGAAGGCCGCCAAGGAGCUAAAGCUUGCAGAGGGUGUCAGGACCUAUGGGAACCCUCAAGACCUUGCCAAUGACAAAGAGAUUGAUCUUGUUGUCUGUACUACACGAGUUGAUCGUCAUCACCAAACCAUCAUCCCUUCCCUCAAAGCUGGCAAAGACGUCUAUGUUGAGUGGCCACUGGGAAAAAGCCUACAGGAAGCGCAGGACCUUCUCAACAUCGCCAGACAGAACAAUGUCAAAAACACUGCAGUUGGCCUGCAAGGUCGAUUUGAUUCUACCAUUGAAACCCUGAAAGAGAUUAUAGGUCAUGGAAAGAUUGGAAGAGUUCUCAGUACUUCAAUUAGUGCCCAAGGCAUGAUUGGCGGACCAACAGAAAUUGCGACUUACGAAUACCUAAUUGACCAACAAGUCGGGGGCAAUUUGUUCUCAAUUCCAGCCUCCCACUUACUUGAUGCUGUCCGAGAAGUCCUUGGCGAGCUUUCGAGCUUCCAAUCCCUCCUCUCAAACCAGCUUCCAGUUGUCAAGCUUGUGGAUUUUGAUGGCUCCACUGUCAAAGAAAACGUUAAGAAGACUACUCCCGACCACGUGUUGAUCCAAGGAACGCUGAACUCGGGCGCAGUACUAUCUGCUACAAUUCGAGGCGGAAUGCCAUUCAAGGAUGCACCUGGAAUGGAGUGGAGCAUUUACGGCGAGAAGGGGGAGAUAAGAGUUAAAGGCCCCAAUGCCCACAUCCAGAUUUACGGUGCAACCAGUAUUGAACUUCACGACUUCCAGAGCGACAAGGUUGAGAAAAUCGAGCCUGUAAGGGGUACUUUUGCGGAAAUGCCCCCAACUCAUAGGAACGUGGCCCGUGUCUAUGAGGCAAUUUCUGCAGGCAAUAAGAGCGUUCUUUGUGACUUUGAGGGUGCUGUCAAGCGACAUGAGUUUAUUGAGGAGAUUUACAAGCAGAAUGCUGGAGUUGUCUGA